AUGUCUACAAUCACGACACCUCCUUCAAAUACGCUUUCGCAACAGGAUUUCUCUGUAUUGCAGUUUCGACUGUUAGAUUUUUUGGCUUCUCAAGAAUCCAGAAAGGUCAUUGCUGCUUCUAAAGAAUUAACGUUGUUGCGACAGAGCAUUCAGACAUUAAAGACGAAAGCCUCCAAUUUGAAGUCAGAAGAAAUGACUCUAGAAGAAAAAAAAUGUGCCAUACGUAUGUUGCAAUCCAGGAUUUCCCUUAAAAGAGCUUUUUUAUCACGAAUCCGCGCUGAAUCCGAAACGGCUAAUGACAUUUCCAUGCCAGAAGCUAUUUAA